AUGAUUUAUUCUCGUAUUAUUAUUUUUCCAAUACGUAAAAGUUUUUUUCAUUUCAAAUCUUCAUUUCGUUUAUCAUCAACAUCACGUCCAAUUUAUUAUGAAUCAGUUUCUCGUUAUGCAAAUCAUGUUGCAUUAGUUGAUCAUUCAUCUUCAUAUACUUAUGGUCAACUCUAUUCUCUUUCACGACAACUCUCACGUCGUCUUACUCCAUUUUGUCAACAACAGAAAUCGACUGAUGACACACAAAAUAAAAAUAAUAUACAAUUUGGUGUUUUAUGUCCAAAUGAUGUUUCAUUUAUUGUUGCUAUGUGGGCUUCAUGGAUGGUCGGUGCAACUGUAGUUCCAUUAUCAUCACAUCAUCCACCUUCAUCACUUGCUUAUUUUCUUAAUGAUGCACAAUGUCGUGGAGUUAUUGUUGGUGAUGAUCAUAGUAAUGAAUUGAUUAAAUCAACAUUAACACAUAAUUCACAAACUGAUAUGCCUAUUAUUAAUAUUAAGAAGAAUUUAUCAACAAAAAAUACGAAUGAAAAUCUUAAUGAUGAUCUUUUAUUAUCAACAACAAUUGAUCGAAGUGAACGAUCAAAUGCUUUAAUUAUAUAUACAAGUGGAACAAGUGGUAAACCAAAAGGAUGUGUAUUAACAUUUGAUACUAUUCAAGCACAUGUUGAUUCAAUGAUAAAAGCAUGGGAAUGGACUAAAGAUGAUGUUAUAUUACAUGUUUUACCUCUUCAUCAUGUUCAUGGUCUUAUCAAUGCACUUUUAACACCACUUUUUAUUGGUGCUACAGUUGUAAUGCUUCCUCAUUUCGAUGCAACAAAGGCAUGGGAACAUUUAGUUCAACCUGGUUUCGAACGACAUAUAACUGUCUUUACAGCAGUACCAACAAUCUAUUCAAAACUUAUUCAAGAUUAUGAAAGUAAAUUAGCAUCACGUCCUCAAACAAGAGAAUUUGUUCGUGAACAAUGUUCACAAAUGAUUCGUUUAAUGAUGUGUGGUUCAGCUGCAUUACCUGAAAGUAUUCAUCGACGAUGGUAUGAAAUAACAGGUCAUAGUCUUCUUGAACGUUAUGGUAUGACAGAAUGUGGUAUGGCAUUAACGAAUCCAUUAGAUGGAGAAAGAAUUCCAGGUUCGGUUGGUCGACCAAUGCCUAGUGUGAAUAUUCGAAUAGCACGAGAAAAUACGACAUCACCCAUGGGUUAUGAAACAUUAGUAGAUGCUGAUAGUGAUAAUACAAAAAUUGAAGUUCAAAAUACUGGUGAACCUAUUGAAGGUGAACUUCUUAUUCAAAGUCCAACUCUGUUUAAAGAAUAUUGGCGAAAACGUAAUGAAACUCGUGCAACAUUUACAAUAGAUGGUAGCUAUUUUAAAACUGGUGAUGUUUGUCGUUAUGAUCCAGUGAAAAAUGUAUUUUCAAUUCGUGGUAGACAAUCAAUGGAUAUUAUCAAACGUGCCGGUUAUAAAAUAUCCGCAUUAGAUAUUGAACGUAUUUUAUUAGAACAUAAAAAUAUUUCUGAAUGUUCAGUUAUUGGCAUUGAUGAUUCAACAUUAGGUCAAAAAAUUGUGGCUAUGAUUGUACCAAAAUCAUUAAAUAAUAUCACUGAUUUAACAAUUGAUAAUGUACGAAAAUAUUCAAAAGAAUAUCUACCAAAUUAUUCCUUACCUGAUUCAAUAACUAUUCUUGAUCAUAUUCCUCGAAAUGCAAUGGGCAAAGUCAAUAAAAAAGAACUUGCACGUUUAAUCGUUUAA